GUUCGUCCGUAAAACUUCCCUUUUUCUGUCUCCACUCUCAAUCCCUAAAUUUUUUCUCUCUUAAUCUUCUUCUGCAGCAGGUGCACAAUUUUUUCACUAUUUUUUUGGUAACCGCUGGAUUUAUCACAAGGAAUCUUCGGAAGUCCGGCGAAAAUGUCGGAUUCAGGCGGCGGCGGCGGUGGAAUGGCAAGUCUGGAUUCGUUUGCUCUCGGUCCUAGUUCUCAAAAUCCGGCGGCGUCGCAGUCUCAGAUAGAUCAACAAAUGUGCGUGCCCUACACCAUGGGGUCUCCGCACUAUCAGUCGAUCUCAGGCGGCGCCGCCGUGGUGAAGCACGGGAUGAAUUCGAACUCCGGCGAGCAGAAGCGGAAGAGAGGGCGGCCGAGGAAGUAUGGCACCGAUGGUAGCAUGUCCAUGGCCAUGGUUGCUGCUCAGUCGCACAAUUUUUCUCCUCAGGCUCAGGCUCAGGCUCAGGCAGGGUCGAUGGGGCUCUCUGUGUCCUUACCAACAGCCACAGGGAAGAAGAGAGGCAGACCUCCAGGCUCAAGCAACAAGAAGAAGCAAAUCGAAGCUACAGGUUCAACUGGAAUUGGAUUUAUACCCCAUGUUAUCAACGUGAAGGCUGGAGAGGAUGUUUCUUCAAAAAUCAUGGCUUUUUCUCAGAAUGGCCCGAGAACUGUUUGUAUACUCUCUGCAAAUGGUACCGUGUCAAAUGUGACACUUCGCCAAGCGGCAACUUCUGGUGGAACUGCAACAUAUGAGGGGCGGUUUGAUAUCUUAUCCCUGUCGGGAUCUUUCAUGCUGUCGGAAGUAGCCGGGCAGCGAAGCAGAACCGGGGGGUUGAGCACAACAUUGGCUGGACCCGAUGGGAGGGUCUUUGGGGGCUGUGUGGCUGGUUUACUGAUUGCUGCUUCUCCGGUGCAGGUAAUUGUUGGAAGCUUCAUAGCAGCAGAUGGGCAGCAGAAGGAAGGGAAAACAGGAGGAGGAAAAUACAUGGAGCCCUUAUCUAAAGGCAGCAGCUCGCCGACGUAUAGCGGGUCGUCGGGCGGCGGCGGCGGCGGAGUGAGCCCUCUGAAUUUGAGCUCGGGGGUUUGCAACAACAACAGCCACCCCCAUACCCAUACCCAUACCCAAAUCAUGCCUGGGAUGCCAUGGAAAUGAAUUCAAAUGAUCUGAUCUAGUAAGUAGCCUCUCUCUCUCUCUCUCUCUCUCUAAGUUAUUUCUAACUGUGUUGGUAUGUGCAAUCAAUCAAUUAAUUAAUUAAUCUUCUUCUAAUGGUGGAUUAAAGAGUUAGGGAGUGGAUGGAUUUAACUUAACAUUUUCAAUUUUUUAUUUUUAUUUUUAUUUUUAAUUAAAUCUUGGAAGUAGUAGUGAGACCUGAUCUGAGAUGAUGUUGUACUUUGUAGAGUCGACUUUCUCUCUCUCUUAAAGUUUAGUUUUAAGUUA